AUGAAUAGCCAAGUUAAACCAUCCUUCCUAAGAAAAAUUGAUGAAGAAGAAAAGAUUGAGCUAAAAUAUGUGGAUCUAAGAGAGAGUACGGGCGGUGCGAGGCCGGUCGGGGCCAAAAAAGUGGCGGCGCCACCAAAGAGUAAGCCGGAGAGGAAGACAACAGAAGAUGUUAAUGAAAGUGCAGAAGCUUUUAUAAGGAAAUUCAGACAGCAAUUGCUCCUUCAGAGGCUCGAGUCCAUUGAAAACUACGAGCAAAUGCUUAAGAGAGGAACUUAA